AUGUGUGUUCAAGAAGCAGAGCAAGUGACUGAGGGAAUGGAGGACAUGGGCUUCCAAGAAGAUGAUGAUAACCCUAGCUUCAAGCCCAUGACUUGCAAUUCUCAACUUGAUUUCUCUAACACUCACAGUCAUAAUCCAUUCCAGCUGGAAAGCAUUUGCGAGAACUCCACUGUUUCUGAAAGAAUGCACUUUGUCCCUAUCCUGCGGUCGGGAGAUUGGUCGGAUAUUGGAGGCCGGUUGGAUAUGGAGGACACUCAUAUUUGUAUUCCGAACUUGGCUACUAAUUUUGGUUACGAUUUAAGUGGUGCAGAAGCUAUAUCCUUUUAUGGCGUGUUUGACGGGCAUGGCGGGAAAUGUGCAGCUCAGUUUGCACGUGACCACUUGCCGAGAAUUAUUGUUGAGGAUGCCGAUUUUCCCUUGGAACUCGAGAAGGUGGUAACGAGAUCUUUCAUUGAGACUGAUGCAGCUUUUGAAAAAUCUUGCGCAAUUGAGUCCAAUUUGUCAUCUGGAACAACUGCUCUAACCGCUAUGAUUUUCGGAAGAUCAUUGCUCGUUGCAAAUGCGGGGGACUGUCGAGCCGUGCUAUCUCGAUCCGGAUUCGCCAUUGAGAUGUCAAACGACCACCGUCUUACUUGCUUGAACGAGCGGUCGAGAGUCGAGUCCCUUGGUGCUUACGUGGACGAUGGGUACUUGAAUGGCCAGCUGGCGGUGACUCGGGCCUUGGGCAAUUGGCACAUCAAGGGCCUAAAGGGGCCCAAAAACGAUGGGCCCCUCAUUGCCGAGCCCGAGCUGAAGCUGAUCACUCUCACAAAGGAGGACGAAUUCUUGAUCAUUGCAAGUGACGGUAUAUGGGACGUGUUCAGAAGUCAAAACGCGGUGGAUUUUGCAAGGAGACGGUUAAAGGAGCACAAUAAUGUGAGGUUGUGUUGUAAGGAGAUCGUGGAUGAGGCAAAGAAACGUGGGGCUACCGAUAAUCUGACGGUGGUUGUCGUGUGUUUUCAUACGGACCCGCCAAAGUCGGUUGUGGUGCAGAGGGCUAGGGUGAGGAGGUCUAUUUCAGCAGAAGGGCUUCAAAACCUUAAAUUUCUACUUCAAGGCUAA